AUGAUUGCAAGUCCUAGAAUUCAAACCUUAAUCUUCUGUUUCAUUUUUUUCAUAGUCAUAUCUCAAACUGUAGCAGAUGAACCAGUUGGUUAUGGCUACACAAUCACAAAUGUAACCAACACGACAGCAAAUUCUUUGACUGCUAACCUUAAACUCAUCAAUUCCUCGUCUGUCUUUGGAACAGAUAUUCAACUCCUCAACCUCACUGUCAGUUUUGAGACCAAGGAUAGAUUAAGAGUAAGGAUCACUGAUUCUAAUAAUCAAAGAUGGGAAAUUCCACAAGAAGUGAUUCCUAGAGAAUCAUCUUCUUCUCCUUCUUCUGUAUCUCACCAUAUUCUAGACGAUAAUCCUCAAAAUUCAACAUACAUACUCACACAUCCAGAUUCAGACCUUAUCUUCACACUCAACAACACAAGUCCAUUUGGAUUCACCAUCACUCGCAAAUCCUCCAAUGACACACUCUUCAACACUUCACCACAAGACCCUUCAAACCCCGAAACGUUUCUCGUGUUUAAAGAUCAAUACUUGCAGCUUUCUACUUCUCUACCUUCAGACAGAUCUUCUCUGUAUGGUUUUGGAGAGCAUACUAAGAGUACCUUCAAGUUGCAAGCAGGCAAUAAUUUCACUCUUUGGAAUGCAGAUAUUCCUAGUUCCAGUGUUAAUGUGAACCUUUAUGGCUCUCACCCGUUUUACUUGGAUGUGAGAAAGGGUUCAUCUGAUGGAAAAGUGAAAAACGGAACCACACAUGGUGUUUUGCUUCUUAAUAGUAAUGGAAUGGAUAUUGCUUAUAGCGGUGAUCGUGUUACUUAUAAGGUGAUUGGAGGUGUUUUUGAUUUCUAUUUCUUUGCUGGUUCUUCUCCUGAGUUGGUUUUGGAACAGUACACUGAACUCAUUGGUAGGCCUGCUCCUAUGCCUUAUUGGUCUUUUGGUUUUCAUCAGUGUCGAUAUGGCUACAAGAGUGUAACUGAUAUCACAGAAGUGGUACAGAACUAUUCAAAAUCUGGUAUACCUCUGGAAGUUAUGUGGACAGAUAUCGAUUACAUGGACGCAUAUAAAAUAUUCACACUCGAUCCUGUUAAUUUUCCGCUUGAUAAGAUGAAGAUUUUCGUUGACACUCUUCACAAAAAUGGUCAAAAAUACGUGCCUAUUAUAGAUCCAGGUAUUGGUAUCAAUGACACAUACGAUACCUAUAAUCGAGGCUUGAAAGCCGAUAUCUACAUAAAGAGAAACGGAACCAAUUAUCAAGGUCAAGUUUGGCCUGGACAAGUUUACUAUCCUGAUUUUCUUAACCCUAAAACCCUAGACUAUUGGGGUGAAGAAAUCAAACUGUUUAGGGAACUUCUCGCUUUUGAUGGACUUUGGCUUGACAUGAACGAAUUAGCUAAUUUCAUAACUUCUCCUAACAAUCAAAAUUCUAGUCUUGACAACCCUCCAUACAAAAUUAACAGCAAUGGAGGUCAAAGACCGAUUAACGAUAGAACAGUGCCAGCAACAGCGAUACAUUAUGGUAAUAUCACCGAGUAUGAUGCUCACAAUUUGUAUGGACUGUUAAAUUCCAAAACAACUAACAAGGUCUUAGUGAAUGUAACUGGUAAAAGGCCAUUCAUUUUGAGUAGAUCGACUUUCAUAAGCUCUGGCAGGUAUGCAGCUCAUUGGACAGGAGAUAAUGCUGCUUCAUGGAAUGAUUUAGCUUACUCAAUUCCAACAAUAUUGAACUUUGGAAUCUUUGGAGUUCCAAUGGUUGGAGCAGAUAUAUGUGGCUUCCAAGGUAGCACAAAUGAAGAACUUUGUCGCCGCUGGAUCCAGUUGGGAGCCUUUUACCCGUUUGCUAGAGAUCAUUCAGAUAAGAACUCCAACAGGCAAGAGCUUUAUCUAUGGGAUUCAGUGGCAGCAUCAGCUAAAAAAGUGCUCGGCCUUCGCUAUCGCCUUCUUCCAUAUUUCUACACACUAAUGUACGAAUCAAGUAAAAACGGGACACCUAUAGCGCGGCCGCUAUUCUUUUCGUUCCCCGAGGAUACUGCAACAUAUGAAAUAAACUCACAGUUUCUACUAGGCAAAGGAGUUCUAGUCUCACCUGUGCUACAAUCCGGUGCAACAACGGUUGAUGCAUACUUUCCUAAAGGAAAUUGGUUUAAUCUCUUUAAUUUCUCAAAUUCAGUGAGUGCUGAAUCAGGCAAAACUGUCACACUUGAUGCACCAUCUGAUCACAUAAAUGUGCAUGUUGGAGAAGGUAACAUUUUGGCCUUACAAGGUGAGGCAAUGACAACGGAAGCAGCGCGGAACACCUCAUUCGAACUUGUGGUUGUUUUUAAUGGAACUGGAAAUAGCUAUGGACAGGUUUAUUUGGAUGAUGGCGAGGCUGUUGAUCUAGAAGCGAAAGAUCAAUGGACAUUUGUUAGAUUUUAUGGUGAAUUGAAUAACACUAGUGUUUCUGUUAGAUCAAAUGUUACAAAUGGAAAAUUUGCAUUGGAUAAAAAAUGGAUCAUAGAAAAGGUUACAUUCUUGGGGGUGCCUAAGAAUAUGACUGCAAUGAGAGUUGUGAAUAAUGGAAAGGUGUCAAUGAGGGAGAGAGUUUUGGAGACAAAUUCUGAGAACUCAUCUGAGUUUGUUAUUGUAGAACUUCCAAACUUGAAACAACUUAUUGGUGAGGAAUUUAAGCUGGAGACUCCAAGAAAGUAG